AUGCUGAACAAGAAACGCAAGCAGCUUGGGUUUUCUGAUAUCCAAGACGAUGCUGAUAUAUAUGAUAGGCUUGUGAUACGCCAGAAGCAAAAGGCCAAGCGGCCCAAGAAGCUGGAGGAUCCAUAUGAUGAGACUGAGCAGGUUCUGUUACAUGAGAAGGUGGAACAGGUAAAUGCACCCAGAAAGAAGAAAAAGAAGGAAUUGGAGAUUCAGAGGGAUCCAGAGGAUGCUGAAGACCUUCCUGCGGUGGUUGAAUCUGCCGAAUUGGCCAAGGAGAAGCUGGUACACUCGAUUCCUGAUGUGAGCAGAAGAUGUCAAGAGUUGCUAGACAAGUAUGAGGAAUUGGAGCUUGGGCUUUUGUUUGCAGACCAGGAGAUCAAUCGAGAGUUUAGGCGGUUUUUGAGACUGGUCGCCUCCGAUCCGUAUGAAGAUACUGGUCUUUCGAAGAUCCGUGAAGCUCUCUUUGUCAAGGUUCUUAAAGACAGUUUGGCUAAACAAGAGGCUCGGAAAAGUAUCAGGGAGAGGUUUGUGGAUAAGUAUGGAAGCAGGGAGGAUGAACAGAAGGAAAGAAACAGAGACCCAAGGUCAAUUAGACGUACCACAAGAAAGAUAGAGGUGCCUGGCAUCAUCUUACAGCUUCUUGAUGGUGAGUAG